CAGAUUGAAAAAAAAAAAAAAGCCAAAGCUCGGUUCUAGUCUAUGGAGUAAGCGACGCCAUUAUUCGUUGGGUAAAUUGCAUUAGUACGAGCAUGGCAGCAGCUCAAGAUAAAAUAAUUCCUCUCUCUAUCGAUUUCAACCAAUUUGUUGAUUUGAAAUUUUGGACCACAUGGAUGGAUAUCGACGAUGGUUUCUAUAUAACCAUUCACAAGCCAGCCGAUUCUCCAGUGAUCACAUUUUCCUCAACAUUGCAGACUUUGUCAUUUGUAAACUCGUACACUAUUGAUAUUAUAACACAUGAGUUGAAUAUCACCACUUUCCACCCUUGUGGGCCUACUAAUGUUUUGAAUCCGGGGUUGGAACAUGUUCACAACAUGAUUAGCCCGCCCGGCGGAUCUGUAUUUUCAUAUUCAUAA